AUGGACGUGAAGGCGGUGAAAGAACCGGAGGAGGAGUUGGAGGACGGGGAGAUCUGCGAUGAUGAAACCGAGGAGAGGGCACCGUACGCCCGCGGAGACAACCACCGAGCCCCGGGGGAGAAACCGGACCAUCGGAAGGCGAACAUCACGCCUCUGAUGGAACGAGACUUCCGGCCCAUGAUUUCCUUCCCUCACGCUGUGUCUAGAGGGCCUUUUCCUCUGGGACACCGGCAGCAGCAGUGUGGACCCAGCGGACCAGAGCGACCUGUGUCCCCACUGACUCCAGGCCACGAGCAUAGGUCCACUUUCUGGGAGCGCUCCCACUGUGCUCUGGGUCGCUUCAGACACGGCCGAGGAGGAAGAGGAGGAGGAAGAGGAGUGGACUGGAGACGCGAGGGCGGCCGACCACAGCGCUACGGACCAGGGGAGAACCACAGCAAGAAUGACUCGCCCUCCAGGAAACCAAAGCCAAUGGGCAGAAACCAACCUCGUAAACCGAUUUAUCUCGCUGCCAAACCAGAAAGCAGUAAUGACGAGUCCUUUGAGGAUCUUCUAUUGCGGUACAAACAGAUCCAGCUGGAACUGGAGUGCAUCCGCAAGGAGGAGACCAUGGCCUUGGAGCCCAAACCUGCUGCUCCUGCUCCCGAACCACCACCACCAGAGCAACCCGCUAGCACCGAAGAACCAGCACCAUCCGAAGAAGAGCAAAGUGUCAAGGUGUUCCAAGCCUUCAACAUCAAACCACUGAAACCAAAAGCACCAGCCAAUCUGGACGAGCUGAAGAAGAAGUGGGCGGAGCAAGCAGAGGCCACGGACACGGACAAGGAGGGUGAAGAGGUGACCAUCCUGGAGACUGAAGCACAAAGCUCUCAGCCGAAGGACAAGUGUGUCUGCUGCACCAGCGAGUCUGAAAGUGAAAGUCAAAUGAACGCAUCCAAACCAGCGCCAGGGGAGACGGCUGCAGCUCCGGUCUCCUGUGUCUGCUGUGGAGAAAAGCCGGACCAGGACCAGACCAAGGACCUGAAGAGCGAGACCAGAGAGUCCUCCGUGUCCAGUGUCGAUUCCAACCUCUCCACGGACAAGCCCCGAGUGGAGCAGGAGGAGCUGUCCGAGCUGGAGCUGCGGUUGCUGGCCCUGCAGUCGGCCAGUAAGAAGUGGCACCAGAAAGAGCAGCAGGUGAUGAAGAAGAGCAAAGAGCGAGUGACUAAGCCCCCACAGGAGAAGAACGCCCCCGCCAGCUCAGGGCCUGGUACCGCGCCCUCCAUGAGGGCGAGAGUGGCCACACGAUCAUCCACCACACGCUCCUCCACGCCUCCUGCUGAGCGCACACGCAGCAGGACCAGCUCCCAGGAUGGAGAUCGGCCCAGACCAGGAACCCGGUCUACAGACAGAGACCUCAGCAGGACCUCAGGACCUGAACGAGAACGGCCCAAGCAGAGUCCUAAAGCUGCACCUAAAGCCAGUCCUAAACCAGGAUCUAAAUCCACACCGAAGCCCAGUCCCAAACCUGGGCCGAGACCUGGGGUCCGGACCCUCCAGAGCAGAGCAUACAGUGGCAGCAGGAUCAGCCCCUCGGCCAAACAAGCAGCUCGUCGGCAGCAGUUGAGAAACUGGAAAAUGAAGCAACAACGAGAAGAGGAAGCGGCAAAGAGACGCUAUGAAGAAGAGGAGCGCAGGAAGAGGGAGGAAGAGAUCCGGAGAAUCAGGGACCUGUCCAAUCAGGACGAGCAAUACAACCGCUUUAUGAAGCUGGUGGGCGGGAAGAGCCACACCCCCAGCAAGGCCAGAGAUCGCGAGCACCGUAAAUCCACAGGGAAAUCCGGUCUGGACACUUCGGGAAACCUGUACCAAUAUGACAACUACGACGAGGUUGCUAUGGAUACGGAUAGCGAGCCCGGUUCUCCCGCUCCCUCUCCCACUCACCCGUUCCCUGGAGCAGACGCUGUCUUCCCCCAGACACUGUUCCUGACAGAGGCUCACUUUGGAACGGACUACGGUCAGGUGUUUGUGGCCCCUCCCCCUCCACCCCCUCUGCCUCCCCCUGAUGAGCUGGAGCUUCCCCCCAAACCGCCCUUCGCUGACGAGGAAGAGGAGGAGGAGAUGCUGCUGCGAGAGACCUGCCUGAUGUCUAUGGCCCACAAGAGAGAGACCCCCCUUGAGGAGAAGUCUUCCAGCGCCUCCUCGUCCCCUCAGCGCUCGUCCCUCAGAGGAAACCUGAGCACAGUGAGCCUCAACACUGUCCCCCCUCCCUCCAGGAAGUUCAACAGCCGGGGCCCCCACAGCAGAGCGCCCCUUGUGUUGCCUCGUCACAAAACUGUGGUGGUUUCUCUGAACGACUCUGACGACAGCGACAGCGAUGUGGACUCUACUGCCCCCAGUGUGUUCGGAGGACUGGAGUUCAUGAUCCGCGAGGCGAGACGAACCGUGGAGGCCGCGAAGCCCAAAGGGGCGAGUGAGAAGGAGAACCACCCCAUGAGGACGCCUGAAGCUCUGCCCGAAGCAAAGAAGAAGGAGUACCGGCUUCUGAAGGAGCAGAUUGCCAGUCGAGAGAAGCAGAAGGCGCUGACUCCGUGGAGCUCUGGGCCUCAGUCUGAUGCAGCGACUGAAGCUCUGACCAAAGCAUCAGCAGAAAUGCAGCUGAUGGAGGCGGAGCAGCGACUGGCCAAGCACAGGGAGCUGCUGCAGAAGGACGAGGCCAUGCUCAGACAUCUGCUCCAACAGGAGCUGAAGAAGAGGGAGAACCUCCGAACGUCAGAGGCCAAAGUGGGCAAGCUGAAAGAGCAGCUGCAGGCCUCAGAGAAGAUUGCCCAGGCCAACCGCACGCUGCUGAGGAGGCUCCAGGAACAGGUGCAGCGUGUGGAGCACAGAGUGUCCCUGAAGAAGAGCAUGGAGGUCAGCCUGGAGAAGCAGCUGGUCCAGGCCCAGUCUCAGGCCCAGACACAGACCCAGACCAAAGGACUCAAGAGGAGGCUGGACUCCAACCAGUCUUUGCCCAAUAAGCUGCAGCGUCUAGACGGAGCUGAGCGUCAUUUCGCCGAGCUCAUGGCGCAGAAGCAGCGGCUGCAGCGGCUCGAGUCAGAGUACGCGCUCAAGAUCCAGAGGCUGAAAGAGGCCCAGGCUUUACGCAACAAACCCGCACAGACGGAUGCUCCAGUCCAGCCCCCCGCGCUGCGAGAAGCUCCUAACCCCCCUCUGCAGAAGCCUGUCAGCCCCUUCCCCGUCUCCCAGCCCUCGCUACACGACCUGACGCAAGACAAGCUCACGCUGGACGCCGAGGACGAAACGCCGGAGGAGUCGGAGAGCACGCAGCAGAGCGCGGCAAUAAAAGGCCAGCGCCGGCACUCGCUACGUCAGUCCACCUCCUUCACAAAGCCCCAUCUGGAGUCCACUCCAGGGAAAGACACGCCCAGGCAAGCCAAGACCGCCAGCGACUCUGGGAACGCUGCAGAGACCGAGGUGUUUGCGGGGCUGGACGUGGACACACUGAAGCAGAGAUACGAACAGCAGCCGCAGCUCGGGGAACUGCUGAAGACCGAGCUGGAGAAGACUGGGCAGGACCUGAAGACCACACCUACAGCUCAGUUACAGAGACCACAGGUGCCUGCGUUUGAGCUGGACGCCUCCUCAGUCCAGCUGAUGUCUGACCUGAGGCCGGUUCCCUACGAAGCCUAUCGCAGCCCUCUGCUGGCCUUCAAGUCUUACAGGUUCAGUCCUUACUAUCGGACAAAGGAGAAGCUGUCUCUGAGCUCCGUGACGUACAGCAACACGAUCGAGCCCAAAAAACACUUCUGUCGCUUUGACCUCACAGGGACCUGCAACGACGACGGCUGCCGAUGGCAGCACAUGCGCAACGUGACGCUCUCUGGAACUCGGCUGUUUCAGGACGUGCUUUCGUACGACCUGUCUCUGAUCAACUGCACUGGCGACAACUCGGACCGAGAGAUCAGCGUGGCAACAGAAAAAUACAUUAAGAGGCUUUUUGGUUCCAAUAACCGCAUGAGCAUUGAUCAGAAAGCUGUGUUGCUGGUGAGCAAAGUCAACGAGAGCAAACGCCACACCCCUCCUUACACCACCUUCAAAGAGCUGCGCAAGUGGAAACCGAAGCCGAGCGCUCCGUCUGCCGCCGACUCAGAGGAAAGCAGUGACAGCGAGGAGCCAGAGGACUCCGCGCCACACAGCAAAUACGAUGGCAGCACUGGCCUGGGCCAGUCUGACGUCUGCGUGACCUCGGACGACAAACGUUACUUCUUCAGUGAAACAGACGACAUCUCGAACCUGGAGACGAGUGUUUUGGAAAGUCCAUGCGACACUCAGCUGUGGCUCAAACUGGCAUUCAAGUACCUGAACCAGCCCGAGAGCUCUCCCGCAGAAUGCCUGGAGGCCGCACUGAACACUCUGUCCCGCGCUCUGGAGAAUAAUUGUGAAAACCCGGAGGUGUGGAGCCAGUACCUGUCGCUGUUCUCCAGGAGGGGGAGCUGUGGAGAGGUGCAGGAGAUGUGCGAGAUGGCAGUGGAGCACGCACCACACCACUGUGUCUGGUGGACCUACUUGUCCCUGGAACACUCAUUCGAGGGGAAAGACUCUGUAUCUGAGCGCCUGCUGCAGUUCCUGAUAUCGGAGGUGCCCCCUGCUGGACACUCCGAGAAACUGUCCUUCCACAUCCUGGAGGCGCUGCUCUACCGCGUGCAGCUUAGUGCGUUCAGCGGCCGCGCCGACAACGCACACACCAUUCUGCAGGAUUCUCUGAAGAGUGAUUUUGUGCGUGAGCUGCUGACUGCUGCAGACCGCUCGCUGCUCUGGCUCUGCUUCAUCCACUUGUCCGAGUUCCAGCGCCUGCCCUCCUCCUUGUACGACGCCGCCGAAUCGGGGCCGAGCCGACUGGUGAGCCGCGAGAGCUUCCUGUUGCCGUGGAGACAAGCCCAGGACAUCUGCACGCCGCUGGAGACACUGCUCCGCAUGUUCCAAGACGGUAUCUCUCAGAGCACUGAUGUCUCUCUGUCUCUAAAUGAGAGGACUGUGGCCUGUUUACCUCUGCACACCAACCUGCUGCACCUGCACAAGGUCCUGGGGAGACUGGAUGAGGCUGUCCUCCUGUGUGAGGCGCUUCUGCAGUGCUGUCCCGACUCGUGUGUCCUCCGGGACGUGUUAGCUGAGCUGCACAUCACAAAAGGAGACGCCAACACCGCGGUUAGCAUGUGGCUACAUGCGCUGGUGGAGUGUCCUGACAAUGCAGAGGUCUUCUACCACUCCUGCAAGUUCCUCAUGUCCCAGGAUAAGUCCAGCGCUCUCCCUCCUCUGUUCCGGGGCUUCAUCCUGUCGCUGUGUGAGGAUGAGGAUGGCCAGAAGAACCCUGUAGAAGUUCUGCGGCACAUCCUGGGCUUCCCCUGUGACCAGCUGUUGAAGGAACCCAUCAUUAAAAAGGACCUCCGGGAGCAGCUGGUGUCGCAGACGUCAUUCCUGCAUCUACUGCACUGCCGCUGGCAGUGGCUUCAUGGUUCGCCUCAGGACACGGUGGAGGCGUUUGAGCGCGCUCUGGGAGCUCCUCUUCAGCGAGACGAACUGCACACACUGUGGAUGGACUACCUCAUCUUCACCAGCUCUCAGCCCUCUUCCUCCUCCUCUAAGCUCUUCUCAGACCUCGUGCAGCGCUGUCUCAGCACGGUCCCCUCUCGACUUGAGGUUCCCUUUAACCAGGCAGAGUUCUGGAGCUGCUACAAGUUUCACAAUCAGGUGGUGUCCCUGUACCUGGGCUGUCUACCACUGUCCCAGCAUGCACUAGUGCUGGAGAGACUGAGAUACUCUAUGCCCAACAACACGGAGCUGGGCCUCAGGCUGUUGCACCAGGAGUGGCAGGAGGGAAACCUGCAGCACCUCAAGUUUCAGUCGCGAAUGUUGCGCAGCCAUGCCCCAAAGUGUCUCGCCAACUGGAAAAUAGCCAUUGCUGCAGAGAAGGAGUUGCGGGAGAAGUCUGAGGUUCGCCGUUUGUACCAGCAGGCACUGAGCCGCCUCCCGCUGUGCGCCGCGCUCUGGAAAGACCGUCUGUUGUUCGAAGCGGCGGAGGGCGGCCGCACAGAGCGCCUUCGCCGCCUGGUGGACCGCUGCCAGGAGCUCGGGGUCAGCCUAAGUGAACACCUCCAACGAGCCACAAAGAGCACGCAAUGA